AUGUCACAGACCGAAACACUGAAGGUUCGUGUGACCCUCUUCUUCAUCCUGGUGGGGGGAGUGCUGGCCAUGGUGGCCGUGGUCACCGACCACUGGGCCUUGCUGAGCCCACACCUGGAGCACCGUAACGAAACUUGUGAGGCAGCCCACUUCGGCCUCUGGAGGAUCUGCACCACGCGUGUUGCUGUGCGUGGCACAGAAGACAAGAAUUGUGAACACGUCACGCUCUCAGGGGACAAGAACUGCUCCUACUUCAGACACUUCAACCCAGGAGAGAGCUCAGAGAUCUUUGAAUUCACCACUCAGAAAGGCCCCCUUCGUUUUGCAGAGUACAGCAUCUCAGCAGCGGCCAUCGCCAUCUUCAGCCUCUGCUUCGUCAUUGUGGGCUCCAUCUGCGCAUUUCUGUCCUUUGGGAAUAAGCGUGAUUAUCUGCUGAGGCCAGCAUCCAUGUUCUAUGCCUUUGCAGGGCUCUGCCUUAUUGUCUCCGUGGAGGUCAUGAGGCAAUCGGUGAAGCGCAUGAUUGACAGUGAGGACACCGUCUGGAUCGAGUACUACUAUUCAUGGUCCUUCGCCUGUGCCUGCGCCGCAUUCACCCUGCUCUUCCUCGGUGGGCUGUUCCUCCUGCUCUUCUCGCUGCCUCGGAUGCCCCAGAACCCCUGGGAGUCCUGCAUGGAUGCUGAUCCGGAACACUAGCUCUGGGGAGAUGAAGCCCAGACCAGAGUUUCACAUCUGCCCUGAUCCCCCUCCCUCUGAGUUCCUCUGCCAAUGGUGCACAUGGACAUGAACCCAGACCUGCACAGGGUCAGAGCAAGCAGGCAGGCAGGCAUCUGUAGGGCCCUCUCUUGAGCCUGCCCCAGCUCAGGCUUGCCCACCAUGCCUGUUGUCUUUGAAGAACUGGUCUGGUCAUCUUUAGAAACCUUCCAAGGACAGCCUGUACUCAUUCACCAGUUCUGAGCUUCAUCAGCAUCUGGAGCCAGCUCCUCCCCCACUCUCCUUUUCCAUGACCCGACCAUCCCCCCUUGGUUUCCAGGGUCCCCAACAGACAUUUUUAACUGGAUAGAAUCUGUGGUUUGAAAUAAAAGAUCUCAGACACUU